AUGUUGAAAUUUGGAAGAAUUUGUAGGUCUUUUGCCCAAUAUUCCAAAGUUAGCAACAGUGUAUCGAAAACAAAGCCAGAAAUUCCUAAACUGAAAUCAUUAAAUGACAAUGCCUCCCGUAACGACAAGGCACUUACGACUUUUCAAGGCCCAUCAGCCAGCGGAUCUGGCAAUAAUACCAUCAAAUUGGGGUUAGCCCUGACUCUUGGUGUUGUUAUAGGAUCAUUAUCUUCGGCUUAUUCAAUCAGUGAAAAGCCUCCACCUUUUCUUUUCCCUAAAAGUAGUACCACUCCAUUGAAAGGUAUAAUUGCUCCACAAUACGCUAAUGAGAAAACUAUAGAACAGUGUCGCACUAAACUUGAGCAAGUACUUGGAAAAGAGAACGUUGUUACUACAGAAGAGACGAUCAAGAGUCACAAUGACACUUACUGGAACAGUCAUCAUCCCGAGAGUACCCAAUUUCCCAAAUAUGUAGUUUAUGGUACGUCAACGGAGCAAGUGUCCGAAAUAAUGAAGAUAUGUCACGAAUACUCUGUCCCAAUAGUACCAUUUACAGGAGGAACAUCUUUGGAAGGACAUUUCAUAUCCACAAGAUCAGGAAUUUCUUUAGAUCUCUCUCGUAUGGACAAAGUCUUGGAGCUGCAUAAAGAAGACCUUGAUGUUGUAGUGCAGCCAGGUGUCGGAUGGGAGACAUUGGCUGACUAUUUAGAUGAUUAUGGACUUUUGUUUGGACCAGAUCCAGGACCGUCGGCCUGUAUUGGUGGAAUGGUGGGUACUUCGUGCUCUGGAACUAAUGCCUCCAGAUACGGAACGAUGAAAGAAAACGUUCUGAAUUUGACCGUUGUCCUCGCAGAUGGAACAAUCAUAAAGACCAAACAGAGGCCCACUAAGUCGUCUGCAGGUUAUAAUUUAACAGGAUUAUUCAUUGGUAGUGAAGGAACACUUGGAGUCGUCACUGAGGCAACUUUAAGACUGCACGUGAAACCACCUUUUCAAACAGUGGCAGUGGUAGCUUUUCCUGGAAUUAGGAAUGCUGCCAGCACUGUAGCUGAUAUUGUUGGACGAGGUCUUCAAGUGGAUGCAAUGGAAUUAGUUGAUGACAACAUGAUGAGGUACAUAAACGCCAGUGGUGAGACUACACAGAAGUACAACGAAGUUCCAACCUUAUUUUUCAAGCUUGGAGGUCCUACGAAAAAUGCUGUAGAUGACUUAAAAAAGACAGUGAAAGAUAUCGCAGACCACUACGGCGCAGUUAAAAUGCACUAUGCCUCAGAGGAGGACGAGAAAUUGGAAUUAUGGAACGCUAGAAAGGUAGCUUUGUGGUCGACAAUCAACUAUGGUCGAGAGAGCAUUUCCCCAGAUAUCCAGGUUUGGACCACCGAUGUAGCGGUUCCUAUUUCCAGGUUGCCCGAUGUUCUACUUGAAACUAAGAAAGAUAUAGACUCUUCCGGCCUUCCAUCCUCAAUGGUUGGCCAUGCUGGGGAUGGAAACUUCCAUGUAUUUUUGCUUUACAAGAAGGAUCAACACGAAAGAGCUGCUCGGAUAGUUGAUAGAAUGGUCCAAAGAGCUAUAGCUAUGGGUGGAACAUGUACAGGUGAACAUGGAGUAGGGUACGGGAAAAGGGGUUUCCUUUUAGAGGAAGAUGGCCACGACACAGUAGAUUUAAUGCGCAAGAUCAAGUUUGCUAUUGAUCCUAAGCGUAUACUCAAUCCUGAUAAGAUAUUCUCGAUUGAUCCCAACGAUGAUCCUUUAAAUCCUUUAGUACAUAGCUAG